AUGGUCGGGGAGACAGAGGUGAAGGAGAGACCCAAGUCCAAUCCGGACUACUUAAUGCAACUGAUGAACGACCGGAAGGUGAUGAGUUCAUUACCCAACUUCAGCGGCAUCUUCACACAUCUGGAGCGGCUGCUAGAUGAAGAGAUCGGGCGGGUACGCAAGGACAUGUACAACGACACGGUGAACGGAGGCAUGUUCAACGGACGCGACAUGGAGGAGCUGCCCGAAGCCAUCGGACCGGUGGCCCAGCUGCAGGAGAAGCUCUACGUGCCGGUCAAAGAGUACCCCGAUUUCAACUUCGUCGGGAGGAUCUUGGGCCCGCGCGGACUGACCGCCAAACAGCUGGAGGCGGAGACCGGCUGCAAGAUCAUGGUGCGCGGGAAAGGCUCGAUGCGGGACAAGAAGAAGGAGGAGAUGAACCGAGGCAAGCCCAACUGGGAGCACCUGAGCGAGGACCUUCAUGUCCUGAUCACGGUGGAGGACACGCACAACCGCGCUAAGAUCAAGCUGCAGCGGGCUAUCAACGAAGUCAAGAAACUCCUCAUCCCCGCUGCUGAAGGUGAGGACAACUUGAAGAAAGUGCAGCUGAUGGAGUUGGCCAUCCUCAAUGGAACCUACAGAGACGCUACUGUCAAGACACCCACCGCCGGCUUCCCACUCGGCACCCCGCAGGCCCCUCGCAUCAUCACCGGCCCCACGCCCGUCCUGCCGCCCACCCUGCGCAAUCCCGCCCCCGUGACCACGCCGACCCUCAUGCCUCUGAUCCGCCAGAUCCAGAGCUCCGCCCUGGUGCCGGGCGGCAACCCGCAUCCGGCGCUGGUGCCGCAGGGACCCGAGUCGGGGAUCAUCUACACGCCCUAUGAGUACCCCUACACAUUGACGCCCUCCAUAUUGGAAUACCCCAUCGACUCGACCGGCGUAUUAGUCCCUUCGUCCUGUGUUUUCGCAGCAGGUGCCAUGACCGCUAAGGUACGCCGCCAAGACAAGAGAAUCCAUCCUUACCAAAGGGUAGUGACCACAGACAGAGCUGCCACGGCAACUAACCCAUGACACCUUUUCCACUGAUGACCCCCCCCCCAGACCCCCACCCCACCCGUCUCAUUGGCCAAAUGCCCCCCGCCCCUUCCCGGCCUUGCCACUCUCCUCCCCUUCCCUCCGCGCCCCGCCCCUUCCCAACCCUACCCGGCUCAGCCAACCAGAGGCCGGCGCCGGGAGCGACCCUUCCAUCUAACCAGCAGCGGAUGGCGGCUGCAGUGCCGAUAACCCAGCAGGGACGGCUGCCAUCGAACUUUUAGUCCACGUGCCUUCCUCUCGCAUAUCGCCCACUGUCGCCAUUGCAGGGGGGUGUCCAAACGAGCUCCUGCAUAAGCAAUAAUUACUACUCAACUACUGAAGAUGCUAAUUGUUCUCACCCGGCCCUCAAACCGUCCACAGAGAGAGGUGUUGAUAUGAUGCAUUCUACUUCAUUUCAACGAGCAACCAACUGCUAACAUAUUAGCAUUUUGUUAGCAUUAAGCAUCUUUGUUGGGUGAUAAAAAUACCCAACCACGGAAGUCCUCAUUAGAAACAGCGUCAUCCCAAGGGAGUUCUCAUACAAAUCUGAAAACAAGCUGAAAAGCAUGUUAGCAUUUUUUCAAUUCUCAUUUUUACGGUGUGCUACUACAAGCCGGGAUGUCAAAUCCCUAUUGAUCCGUCGCAGUGCGUUUUGUACUCCGGUUGCUAACUUGCGAUACUUGAGCUAUACAACAGUUAACGUGUUAGCAUUUAAUAGCAUAUAAAUAGAACCUGACUACAGAGUGAGAUGUCAAAAACUUGCUAACCAGCCUCAGCCCUUUCUGUACUCAUGGUGCUAUCUUGCUAUAUGUUAGCGUGCUAGCAUUUUAUCAGUCUUUCUUACAAAUAGCACCUGACUUCAGUUAAAACAGUUUCGCGGGGGGCUCAUUUGAUUUUAUUUUAUGAAUCCUUCCUUCCUAAAAAACAAAACAAAAAAAAACCCAAAAAAAACCACAAAACUGAAUAAUUAUGGAAAUCAAAGCCUGAAAUCGCACUCGUUUUCUUUUAAAUGUCACUAACGUUUUAAAGAGUGCCUUUAAUGAAUUUUGUGCUUCCAAUAACCUCGUCAAGUGAAGUAAAAUGCCAAGGCGGAUCCUCUCUCGCCGCAGAAAAGAAAGUGAGAUCCAAAAAGGCCAAAGUAUCACAGCCAUCGGGUCAAGCGUUCUGAUGCUUCUUCCGCGAGCCUGUGAUUCAAUACGCGGUGUUUAAAUGCCACUACACGCACAUGAAGGGAAGUUUGCACAACAACUGAACAAAAGUGCCUUGAAAAAAAAUAAUAAUAAAUCACCAGAAGUACAUUUUUAUUGGAAUUUACCUCUUCCCGUUUAACUGCCCAAUCCCUGUCCAAGUGCCACACAGUAUUAAGCACUGAUCUAUAUAAGAUGUCUUUUUAUGUAUGUGUGACGAUAGAACACUGUUUUUGUCAUAACUAGCCCGCACAAACUAUAUUAACGAGCACGUGCAACACAGCCAACUGAGGCCUUGGUAUCAAACAUCGUGGGGUCGUAACACCUGUAACGAGUUUAUAUGUAUUUUUAUAUGCCAUUUUGUACAUUAAAUGACCUUUUCAGAGUUGAUGCCUUACUAUACACAUCCAUGCAACAGUGUGUCCUGAAAUACUGGAGAUGUUUGGCGUGUUAACUGGAGCCUCGGAGAUGAGCGCCACCGCUUGCCUCUUGUGCCUUGAUUUGAUUUGAAGGUCUUUUUGACAAUUAACAGUGUAGUUCCACAUUAAUCUGCCCUUCAGCGGGCCACUGUAUAGGCUUUACUAAACUUUUCUGUGUUUAACCACUUAAUUGUAUCUGUCUAUAUGCUUUGUUGAGAGGGGUUCUUUAAAAAAAAAAAAAAAAAGGAAAAAGAGGGCAACGGGAAUGAUGAACUCUUUAACAUUGUCAGUGGGAAUAACGUUGUAAUCAUUAAACUCUUUGUGGUAAAAACUAA